AUGAGCGGCCACGCCAAUGGCCACAACGGCGUGGGCCCGGGCAAGUUUGUCUACCCAGACUCGCCGCUGCACGAGCUCUUCCACCAGCAGGUGGCGCGGACACCCGACCGGAUCGCCGUCAUCGACCAGGAGCGGGAGCUCACCUACACAGAGCUCAAGCGGCAGACACAGACCCUGGCCCUGUCGCUGCGGCACCGCGGCGUGAGCGAGGAGCAGCCGGUCGUGCCCAUCUUCAUGCCGCGCUGCCUCGAGUUUGCCGUCGGCUACAUCGCGGCGCUGUCAGCGGGCGGCGCCUACCUCCCUCUGGAGGUCGGCUACCCGGCGGAGAUGCUGCGGCGUGUGCUCGCCGAGGCGAAGCCGGUGCUGACGCUGACGCUAGAGAGCCAGGCGGCAAAGCUGCCCGCCGACGCGCCGCGCCUCUGCCUCGAUCCCGGCUGGGAGGAGGCUUGUGCGCUGCUGCCGGCCGAGCUGGCGGCUCUCCCGUCGCUGGCGACGAGCCUCGAGUCGCUCGCGUACUGCGUCUACUCUAGCGGGACGACGGGCGAGCCGAAGGGCAUCUCCUGCCCGCACCGCGGCUCCGUCCUCUCGUACUCCCACCGCGCGCACCACGCGCCGUACGCGGCGGACGGCUCCGACCGCGAGGCAUGCAACGUCUUCUUCGUCUGGGAGAUGCUGCGGCCGCUGCUGCAGGGGGCGACGCUGGUCGUGGUGCCGGACUCGGUCAUCUACGACCCUCCCGCCCUCUCCUCCUUCCUGGAGCGGCACGCCGUCACCCGCAUGCUCUUCACGCCCUCCCUCCUCGAGGCUGUGCUCGACUCGCCCGCCCUCGCCUCUGGCGACGAGCUGCGGCGCGCCUUUGCCGCCUUCCGCGUGGUCGUGCUGUGCGGCGAGGUGGCGACGGCGGAGCUGCGCGCGCGGGUGCUCUCUCUCGCCCCCGCCGGCCUCAAGCUGCUCAACCUCUACUCCAUCUCCGAGUGCCACGACGUGUCCAUGGUCGACCUCGCCGCCACGCCGCCGCCCGAAGGAAAGUACUGCUCGACCGGCCCGCUGUUGGACGGGGUCGAGGUGCUCAUCCUGGAGGACGCGAACCAGGCGGAGAAGUCGGGCGAGGCGCAGCGAGGGGCGGACGCCGCAAAGGCUCUCCGCCCCGUCCCGCUCGGCUUGCCGGGCGAGGUGUUCGUCUCCGGUCCCUGCCUCGCGCGCGGGUACUUGCAGCGGCCCGACCUCACCGCCAAGAAGUUCCUCCCGCGGCCUCCCUCCCUCUCGGCGACGCCCGCGCCGCAGACGCCCGGCCAGGACGCGGCCUCGCCCGCCCUCUACUCGCGGCUGUACGACACGGGCGACUGGGGCAGGCUGCGGCCGGACGGGACGCUUGAGAUCUUGGGGCGGCACGACUCGAUGCAGAAGAUACGCGGCUACUCGGUGGAGCUGCGCGCCGUCGAGGCGGCGCUGCUGCAGUGCCAGGGGGUCACCUCGUGCGUGGUUCGCGUGGUGGGCGAGGAGGGGACGGACAAGCAUCUCGCCGCCUUCGUCGUCUUCGAGAGAGAGCGAGACGGGGGCAGCGCCGGCGAGGCGGCGCCGCGCCAGGCGCGCGCGGAGCUGCACGCGGCCGUGCCGCACUACAUGGUCCCGUCCUUCAUCGUCCCGAUGGACGAGCUCCCGACCAACGAGGUCUCGGGCAAGCUCGACCACAAGGCGCUGCCGAGGACGCUGCCGGAGCUCCUCCGCUUCGUCGAGAGCAGCGGCGGUGCGCGGGGGCCGCAGCUGCGCACGCCGACCGAGGCUGCGGUGGGCAAGGUGUGGGCAGAGGUCCUCGAGCUGCCCGCUGCGAUGGUCGACCCCGAGGAGUCCUUCUUCGACCAGGGGGGGCACUCCCUCCGCGCGACGAGGCUGAUCGCCGCGCUCAACCAGGGAGGCUACCCGGCGGUGCGCGUCGCCUCCCUCUUCGAGCACCCCACCAUCCGAGAGCUGUCCGCGCACCUCGACGCUGACGGAGCCAGCCGCGCGGACAAGGCCCCGCACACGCCCCUCCCCCGCUCCGUCGUGGAGAAGGAGAUUGCGGCCCUGGCGGGCGGCAUGCCCGUCGGCUUCGACUCGGCUCUGCGCGCGUACUGGCACGGCGUCUCUCUCGCGAGCAGGCGGGUCGACAGCUGCUCGUCGCAGUCGGCGAGUCGCGUGGGGAGCUACUCGUCGCUGCUGGCUCUCGGGGCGGAGGGGGGGCGGGAGGAGGGGUGCAAGGCGCGGGAGGAGCCGCUGCAGCUCGGCUGCGCGGGCGAGUGCGUCUUGCUCACCGGGGCGACCGGCUUCCUCGGCGCCUUCGUGCUGCGCGAGCUGCUCGCGGCGGGGGAGAGAGGGCCGAAGACCAUCUUUUGCCUCGUGCGCGCGUCGGCGACGGAGACGGCGCUCGAGCGCGUGAUGGGCACGCUGGAGCGGUUCGGGCUCUGGGAGUCCGAGGGCGGGUGGGCGGCGCGCAUCGAGGGCAUCGAGGGCGACACCGCUCUCAAGAGCCUGGGCCUCUCCAACGACCACUACCAGUACCUCGCCACUGUGGUCGACCGCGUCAUCCACGCCGCCGCGCGCGUCAACCUCGUCUUCCCGUACGCGGGCCUGCGCAGAGACAACGUCGUGUCGACCACGCGCGUGCUCCACUUCGCGAUGGACCACAAGGUGAAGCCGGUGACCUACGUCUCGACCGACGCCGUCUUUCGGCCAGGCACGCGCGGACCGCACGCAGAAGGCGAGGCCGACUUGGACGCCGAGCUGCCCCUUCUCACGACCGGCUACGCGCAGUCCAAGUGCGUGGCGGAGCUGCUUGUGCGCGAGGCGGCCAAGCGAGGCUUGCCCACGACCAUCGUCCGGCCAGGCAACCUUGGUGGGUGCGACCCGCGCGCCGCCAUCCGACCGCGAGGCACGCGCCAGCUCAUCCACGCCGAGAACGUGUCGAUCGGGCGCACGCCCCGCUUCGACGCCGCAGAGCAGGUCAAGGCUGCGCUCGACGCCGCCGAGCGGUCGCGAGGCGGGCCGAGCUCUCUCUCGGACAAGGUCGCCGCCGCUGGCUGGAACAGCUCCGACUCCAACUUUCUGAUGCUGGUUGGCUGCGCGCUGCUCGGCGCGGCGCCUGGCGGAGUCGGCGGGUGGAGCUGCGAGCUGACGCCGGUCGACUUUGCGGCGCGCGCAGUCGUGGCCCUCUCGGGCGACUCUGGCGCGGUCGGCCAGGCGUACAACUUGGUCAACUCCGACGCGACUCUGCCUUGGGACGCCGUGCUCGACGCGGCGCGGAGCUGCGGCGUCGCGGUCGAGUCGCUGCCGUACGCAACCUUCCGCGAGCGGCUCGAGGCUGCCGCCGGCGGCGCGUC